CGUCGGCCGCAGGUUCGUAUUUUAUCGGCCGAUCUGGCCGGAGACCGAUUCAUCACAUUGCAUCAGCCAAAACGAUUCUUCCUUGUUUCAUUUGGUUCUAGUUGUGGAGGAGGCCGGAGGGUCGGGGAGCAGGAGGAGGAGGGAAUCAUCCAGAUCAAGGCCCAGGUAGAAGAGGUCGAAGAGCCGCGAGAGUGAGAGAGAUUGAGAUUGAGAUUGUUGUUUGGCUGCUACGACGACGACGACGACGACUGCCACUAGUUCUGGUGAAUGAGCAGCCGCUGGCUGGUGCUUAAGGCGCUCGGCUAAUGAAAUCAGGAGUGUAAGUGAGGGAGCUGGGAGAAAAGAAGACGGACAGAGAUUUACGACUGAUUGCGAUUGUGAAUCUGAUUUGGGUUGAGGCUUGAGGCUUGGCGAGGCGAGGUGGAGGGGGGAGGAGGGUUGGGUUGAGAUCAGAGGGUUGGUGAGGCGAAGGCGAAAGCGAGAGAGACGGAGAGAGCUUGCCGAUGCGGGAUCAGCAGAGCGGCAGGAGAGGGUUGGCUGGGUCAGGGAGAGGCUAGAGUGGAGGCGGGGGAAGGGUGGAAAGGGAAGGACAGCAGGGGGAUGGACUGGGAUGGUCAAAUGGUGAUGCCUUUGAGUUCGAGAAGAAACAUCAGCUGCUUUCUGAGUCCUGCCACCGGUCCGUGCACGAUGACUUUAGUCUGCUGAGACGGGGACGAGUUGCGCUGUGGCCACAGCAGCCCCGUGGUGAAACGAAGUUGUUUGCCGCUGCCCUCACCUCGGGUUCCCUUCAAGUUCUUGCCGAAGGUCGCAGGGAACUUCGUCCCUGAGCGCAGGAACGGCGAGCAGGAGUACAUUGGCACAUAAAUCCACGUCCGCGAGUCCGCGAUUCACAUGGGCUCGCACUCAUCGCCUUCUGAUUGAACCUCGGAACGGAGAUUCCCGUCUCUCGUUCUAUUUGACAAAGCGGGGAGGAAGUACUGUCGAUAGAUAGACGUCUUCUCAGACAGGGGCACAGCCUCACUCCGAACGUCCACUCUGCGAGUGGCUGCCACCCAGUCUCUCUGUCACUUCUCUUUCUUCACCUGCUUGCGUUUUUCUCUCCCUUGCCGCCAUUAAUCUACUACUAUUCCUUUUCAUCAGGAGAUUAGGAGUCGAGCUUGUUGUAGGAAGUCCUUGUUUCCCUUUCCUUGAGUCUUUCUGCGCUGCAGUAGUAACCCACAACAUAUCUAUCGGCCUGUCUGCGAUAAAGGCAGGCGAAGAAGAAGAAGAAGAAGAACAAAAGAGUUUGGUUUGUGGUUUGCCCACAGUUUUAUAUCUGGCCAGUGACAGGCUGAUCCAUGUCCUGCGGGCGGGCGGUGGCAUCGGACGACCAGAUAUGAGUGCCCCUCCCGAAGUUGUCACUAAGGGAUGACGAAGGCCCCUGAUAGCCUUCUGAAGACAGCCGCGGGGGAUGCAGCAGGCCUGACAUUUGGCCUUUAAUUCAGUAGGACAAUCAGUGGACGAGGGAGAAUUCGAUUGAUAGCGACGCGAAGCUAAGCAGGGUGUAGAUUUUGCUGCAUAAUACAUUAGAGACUUGCAGCUAUAACGAACUUGUUUCUAAAUUGAGGAGAUCGGACUGACGUUGUCUGCUGCUGAUCUCUCCGUGGACGCGUAGCUUUAGGAGCUACUGUAAGCUCGUCAUGAAUCGAUCUGGGGAGCUGCCGAGGAGUGGCCCCGCAGAAAUGCCGAAGGCGAUGAAGCCAGCAUUGAAAGGAAAACCAGCAUUCUCAGGAGAGUUGAACAGCUCAGGAGAGCCGGCAGAACCCCAGAAGGCCCCGCGGGCUGCGAAGACGACGAGAUUUUCUGGAGAGCUCAGUGUGGUGCACAGCGACGGACAGCACGUAGUUACAGUGGAUCCCAGCACCGGGAACUCGCCCAAGUCCUGGACUAUGAACGACAUCGUGAGAACGGCGAGGAACGAGCGGCAAAAUGAGCAUCUAUUAGGUGAUCAAGGAGAUCAAAUGGUGGAAGUGAUGCUGGAUGUGAACCAGAAUGAGGUCACUUUACGCAGCGUGAAUCCAACUCCGGCUUCUGUGAUCACUCCCAUGGACGCUCAGAUACUUGUAGAGGGUCUGGAGAGGAGGCCGAGCAUGAGGAAUCCAAUGACUUUGAAGCAGUCUGCUUCCAGGCGAGUGCAAGCCAUCUCGCAGGAGCUCAAGCGCUUGUCAAGGACUGGAUCCCGCGUUUUGUCGGUGAGAUUUUCUCCGGACUUCGAUCCUCUGGUAAAUGAUCCCAACGGCAACGAGCCGAAUAUUGUGAAACCGGCCAACCUGAAUCCCGCCAAUCCUCGGCUAGCGAGGUCUGCGUCCUCUGCAGAGCAUGCCUUGCAAGGGCUGCGCUUCAUCAACAGAGCCACCGGAACGGCUGACCAGCAGCAGCAGUGGGAGGCCGUAAAGACCCGUUUCCACAAAUUGAAGAAUGCUGACGGGCUGCUGCCCAAAUCGCAGUUCGCAAAUUGCAUAGAGAUGAAAGAAUCGAAAGAAUUUGCUGGUGAGCUUUUCGAAGCUCUCACACGUCGUAAAGGCAAGAAGGUGGAGGCAAUUACUGAAGACGACCUUUACGAGUACUGGGUCCAGAUUAGUGAUCAGGGAUUCGAUUCCAGGAUGCAGAUCUUUUUUGAUCUGUGUGACAAGAAUGCAGAUGGGCGCAUCUCUGGGGCGGAGGUGAAGGAGGUCAUCAUGCUGAGUGCGUCGGCCAACAGACUCUCCAAACUCCAGGAGCAGGCAGAAGAGUACGCCGCGUUGAUCAUGGAAGAGCUCGACCAAGAGAACAAUGGGUACAUUGAGCUCUGGCAGCUCGAGGCCUUGAUGCGGGGACCGGUUGGAGGUUUUAGCAGAGAUGCGUACUUGCAGUACAGCCAGUCUUUGGCUCCACAGCGGAACAAAACAAGAUUCCAGGUUCUAGCUGGAGGGACGAAAUACUUUUUCAGUGACAAUUGGAAGCGGAUCUGGGUCAUCCUUGUAUGGCUAGCGACUAUGGCUGGCCUUUUUGCUUGGAAAUUUAAGCAAUACGAGAAAAGGGCUGCUUUUGAGAUUAUGGGCUAUUGUUUACCUACUGCCAAGGGGGCCGCUGAGACUCUGAAACUCAACAUGGCGCUCAUCCUUCUUCCUGUGUGUCGUAAUACAAUAACUUGGUUGCGAUCUACGGGCUUAGGGAUAAUUGUCCCCUUCGACGAUAACCUCAAUUUUCAUAAGGUUAUCGCUAGCGCUAUUGCCGUCGGUGUCAUAGUUCACGGAGGGGUCCAUUUAGCCUGCGAUUUUCCGCGCAUAAUUGCGGCCGAUAACGAGCUCUUUGAACGCAGCGUGGGAAACGACUUCCAUCAUAAGCAACCAGAUUACCUGUGGUUCUUGACGUCUAUCGAGGGUAUUACCGGCGUCAUUAUGGUGAUUCUGAUGUCGAUAUCUUUCACCCUGGCUACCAGGUGGUUCAGGAGGAGUUUGAUUAAGCUCCCCUGGCCGUUCCAGAACAUGACAGGAUUCAAUGCGUUUUGGUACAGCCACCACUUGUUCGCCGUGGUGUACGUACUGCUCAUCAUCCACGGAAUCUUCCUCAUCCUCAGCCAUGGUUUCUGGAAGAAGACUACAUGGAUGUACUUAUGUGUGCCACUGGUUCUGUACUGCGGUGAGCGAACAUUGCGAUCCCUGCGAGCUGGACAAUACAAAGUGACCGUUGUGAAGGCUGCCAUAUAUCCCGGAAAUGUGCUGGCUCUUCAUUUCGCGAAGCCCCCUAACUUCAAGUACAAGAGCGGAAUGUACAUGUUCCUGAAGUGCCCCGAGAUCUCUCCCUUCGAGUGGCAUCCUUUCUCGAUCACUUCUGCACCAGGAGAUGCUUACUUGAGUGUCCACAUUCGAACCUUGGGUGACUGGACGCAGGCAUUGCGUAACCUCUUCCAAGAGGCAUCUGGUGGCAAGAAGAGGCUGCAAACCGUGAAUAACUGGGGUCUGAGCGGAGAGUUGGUGCAGAACGUCAGCUUUCCGAAGGUCUGCAUCGAUGGACCCUAUGGGGCACCCGCACAAGACUACCGAAAUUAUGACGUGCUACUCCUUGUCGGACUUGGCAUAGGAGCAACACCUUUUAUCAGUAUUUUGAAGGAUAUGCUUAACCACAUCAAAGACGAUUCCGUCCACCAUUCGAUGCAGUCUGUUGCCUCUCUAACUUCAAUGGGGUCGGACAUCUCGAUCGGGGAGAGUGUAGGAAACAGUUCUAUGGGAAGUGCUUCUCCUUUCGUCGAGGCCGGAAGCAAAAACUCGAACGGUAUGCCUCCUGCCAGUCCAGCGAGGAAGCCGAGGAAGCACGGAACCACUAACGCAUACUUUUACUGGGUAACUAGGGAACAAGGCUCCUUCGACUGGUUCAGAGGAGUCAUGAAGGAGGUCGAGGAGAUUGACCACAAGCAAGUGAUCGAGAUGCACAAUUACUUGACAUCGGUGUACGAGGAAGGAGAUGCCCGAUCCGCCCUUAUUAUGAUGGUGCAAGCACUCCAUCAUGCUAAGAAUGGAGUAGACUUCGUGUCGGGCACCAGGGCGCGUACUCACUUCGCUCGGCCCAACUGGAAGAAGGUAUUCUCAAGGCUGGCAGCGACUCACAAGGACAAGCGUGUUGGUGUUUUCUACUGCGGACCGUCUGUGCUGGCGAAGGAGCUGGAUCACCUGGCCAAGAGAUAUACGCACAAGUCGAGCACUAGGUUUGAGUUCCACAAGGAAAACUUCUAGCCAGGCAGGCACACAGAGGCAGAGCCAAGAUGACUGACGACGAGGAGAUUUUUCUGGAUAUAGCUUGACAAGUGUAGAGGAACGACAAUGUAAUCUAUAAUCAAUCUUUCAACCCCCAUCUCCUCCGCCCCUCCUUCCCCCGCCCCUGUACAGUAAAGUAAGCUCUACGGGUCCCUUGCUCGCCAUUGUGAAGGGAUCGGGACAUUUUUUUAGUGUAGCACAGUCUCUCUAUCAUCAACACACGCUAGUCAGUCGACUGGCUCGAAUGCGACAGACAUGUUGUAACAGGUCGAGGUUAGCUUAACACAAGAGUUAGAUUCAAUUCUUCCGAGAGAGAGGAAAUCUCGAGAAGGGAGCGCCAGCAGCAGCCUUGAUUUUGAAGCAAGGGUAUAUCUAGAAAUUAAGGAUGGGGAUGCGCCUGAUCUAUCCUUGUCUGAGACACAUUCCAGGGAGUUCUUUACGUGUAGAGUACAAUUCUUUAUGCUUGGUGGUGCACCAUCAAAUAUUCGAUUUGUUCGUCAUGGAACCGAUCAAUCUCUCACAUUUGAAAUAAUUAGCCUUGGGCCAACCAAGCAAGCUCCACCUCCACGGAGAUGACUAGUCCCCUCUCCAUAAGACCGCGUGUGUAUGCCUGCUGCCGGCCAGUGGCCUGGGCCCUUCCUCAUAAUGGAAUUUAAACUUGGUA